CAUUUACAUCGUCGCAUUAGAUUGAGAUUUGUUUAAUUUUUUUCGGUGUAAACGGCAAAUCCAAUACGACCCCUCGUAUCGAAUUGGAUUGGAUUCAACUUGUCCCAAAUGUCCCAAAAAUUUUCGGAGCGCGCGAAGCGAAAUUCGGAGUACAUUUGACGUUUAACCUAACCUUAAUUUUGUGUUUUUAUGGUGAAGAAGCUAAGUACAAAAUAAAAUAUUCAGGUAUUUUUGUGUUGUACGCGAAGAUAUGGGCGACGAAAAGGGUAAAAAGAAGUGGCAAACCAAGGAGACGAAGCUCCUUCUCCAAAUUGUGCAUGAGAAGGAGAUUGUGGCGAUGAUGGACUCCAAAAAAUUCCGCAACCAAGAAGUGUUUGCGGAAGUUGAAAAAGAGUUCCUUAAACAAGGAUAUCAACGUGAUGUUAAGCAGAUUGAAAUUAAAUUUAAGAAUCUUAAGCAAGAGUACAACCGAAUCACCAGCUGGAACAACACGUCUGGCAAUCCCCGUCGUGAGCACGAGUUCCAACAAGAAUUGGACCUUAUUUUCCUCAAUAGACCGAGGGAAGUUUUUCAUCAACUGCAUGGCUGUGAAAGCACCGAGGAGGAGAGCACUGGAAAAGACAUCGUGCAGAAUCCAGAAGAUGUUGAUGAUGUAGCAACUCCUCAGACAUCAUCAAGCUCUUCUAAAUUGAAGAAAAGAAAGAAGGAGAGUGACCUAAUGGCUGCUACCAAAGUUUUUCUUGCUGCACAAAAGGAGUUGUUCGAAAAAGAAGCUGAAAGGGAGGAGAAAGAAAAUGAAAAGGAUAGGGAACUUCUCCGUAAGUUCCUCGAGAAAUAAAUAGCGAAUCUACAGUCAUCCGUUUAAAAACCAUUUUUUGA